GAGCCCUAAAUACCUCCCUACAACCAAAGGCGCCUUUCAGUAUGACAGUCCUUCAUGCAUAAUUUCCUCUCCUUAGCACCAAUCAAUAUGACAGUCCUUCGAUCCCACAAAAUACUUCCAACUAAACCCGAAAUCGAACCGGUAAAAAAUGGAGCCAACAUAGUGCCCGCUACUCCCUCCCAGACCCGCGAAAAUGGUCCUAUAUCCGUUUGCAGACGGAGUGCUCGGCUCGCUUCAAAAUCAUCAGUUUCUUGUGGCGCUGAUCAGAUUGUGGAGCAAUGUUUGGUGAAGAGGAAGAGAAAGCUGGGUAUGAAUGAGGGUUUGCUGAGUUCGGAGAGUGAGGAAAGUGGUGGGUGUUUGAAUUUGCGGUCGGGGAAGAAAGUUGCGAAGAGGAAAGUGGAAGAAAAUUUUGGUGAUGAGCAGGGUAAUGUAAGGAAAAUAAGAGAGAAAGGAAAGGGGAAAUUAGAGUUUGAAGUUGAGGAUGAGGAUGAAAAGAAGGGAAAGAUAACAGAAGAUGAAGAAGGUGUUGAUAGGGAGAACUUGGAGACAGAGAGGAUCCAAAGCCGUAGUGUAAACCGUACGAGGCAGUUUAGUAGAGAAGAGAAAGGGAAGACGAAACUGGUUGUUGAAGACUCGGUAUUGAAGGGAAGUGGCGAUAUUGAAGGGGAUUUGGAAGAUGAAGUUAAGAGUUCAGCUGAUGUUUCAGGAGAAAUUGUAGUUGGAAAGAAUAGAGUGAAGGUGAGUGAAUCAAGAAUGGAACGAAACAGUAGUGUGAGGGUGAGCGAAUCAAGAAUGGAACAAUUUCGAGAUAUAGCAAGGCAGAAUGCAUCUAGAUUUGCACUUUUCUCUGAGCAAGAGCAAGUGUCUCCUGAGAAUGAAGAGGACAUUGAAGAUUGGCCGGGUCCCUUCUCUACCGCUAUGAAGAUUAUUAGGGAUAGAGAUGAUAAGUUGAAAAGGAAACAUAGGAACAACCCUUUAGGGAAUAAAAAUCCUACAGCAAUAACGUGGAUUCCCAAGACUGGUCGGGGUCGUUCAAAAUUGCGUAUUCCAUCAUUGAAAGAAUUAUGUUUAAAUGUUCUUGUAGAGAACGCUGAUGCAAUGACUUCACUUGAAAAUGUCCCGGAUGCGCUAAGGCACAAGCUCAGUGUGAGGCUAUGCAGUUCUCGGAGGAUGAAUAGUCAUUUUCUAAACCUCCUUGUCACUGGGUCCCCUACAGAGAUUCGUCUAUGCGAAUGCUCGUGGCUAACAGAGGAACAGUUCACUGAAGCUUUUCAGGAUUGUGACACCGGGCACUUGACGGUUUUACAGCUUGACCACUGUGGACGCCUACCAGAUUACAUAGUUCUUUCUACCUUAGUGAAGUCAUCAAAUAGUUUGCCCUCCCUAACUACUUUAUCCCUCUGUGGAGCAUGCCGGCUUUCAGAUGUUGGGCUUCAGGGAAUCGUUUCUUCUGCUCCAGCACUAAGAUGUGUUAAUCUCAGCGAGUGCUCCUUUGUUACUGCUACUAGCAUUGACAUCCUAGCAAAUUCAUUGGGAUCGGUUAUGCAUGAACUGUACAUCAAUGAUUGCCAAAAUGUUGAUGCUAUGCUUAUUCUUCCAGCACUGAAUAAGCUAAAAUAUUUAGAGGUUUUAUCAGUAGCACGCAUUGAAACUGUUAGUGAUGAUUUUAUCAGAGAAUUUGUUAGUGUUCAUGGUCAUAAUAUGAAGGAGCUUGUUUUGUCUGAAUGUGUGAAAUUGACUGAUAUUUCGCUGAAAGCCAUUGCUGAAACCUGUAUGGGACUACGUGGACUUAAUAUCUUCAACUUGCGCCGCUUGACAGACUUCUCUAUUGGAUAUCUUGCAAAUGGCUGUCAAGCAAUUCAAAAAUUGAAUUUUGGCUAUAAUGCUUUCAGUGAUGAAGCUGUUGCUGCAUUCUUGGACAUCUCUGGGGAGUCUUUGAAAGAACUUUCUAUGAACAGUGUCAAGGUUGCCCACAACACUGCAGUAUCCCUUGUCAAGCGAUCAAGAAACUUGUUGAGUUUAGAUAUAUCUUUUUGCCGAAAUUUGACAAAUGAGGCUGUGGGUCUGAUUGUUGAUAGCUGUUUGUCACUGAAGAUCCUUAAAGUCUUUGGAUGCACUCAGAUUACAAAUGUGUUCCUCGAAGGUCACUCAAAUACGGAGGUAGAAAUCAUUGGUUUGCGGAUGUCUCCACUGUUGAAACAUCUCAAGGUGCCUGAUUAUGAAGAAGUUCCAUUGCAUUACUUGUAGUCAGCAUUAUGUUCAAUGUUGAUAAGUGCAGAUCUACAGAUGCGUUUUGCUAGCAUUUUGUUGUAACCUGGAAACUUCAAAUGUAGAUGCAGUAAGUUAAUUCCAACGCAUGGCAUGUGAAAGAAAAAGUUUACUGCCAACCCUAGAUUUCAUGCAAGGAAUGCAAUUGGUUUUGACUAAAAAACUUGCAUAAUGGAAAAAAAAAAAUUAAAUUUCUUUUCUUCUUACAGCUUUGGACUUUACACUGUCAUGGACUUAGUUUUCUGAUGCAAUGGAACAAUUUGUGUGACACUGCAACUUUAUCAUAAGUUUACGCGUAUGCCAUUUAUUGAUUGAA